GUCCCGGCCGCCGCUCCGCCGGUUUGAACUUGGCGGGCCAGAUGUGGGCCGCAGGGCGGUGGGGGCUUGCUUCUCCCCUUCUCGAACCCCGUUUCAUGGCCGACUGCAGGUCCGGGUCUCGGCCCUCCUCGGGCUUCUCUGUUCUCAUGGCAGGCCCCCGGGGGCCGGGCCUAGAGGCGGUGGAGGUAUGCUCGCUGUCGCCACCGCUGAGCUGCAGCAAUUCCACCCUAUCGCUGUUGUCUCCCCUCGGCCACCAGAGCUUCCCGUUUGACCACGACGAUGGUGACGGGGAGGAGGAGGAAGAUGUGGACGAAGAUGCUUAUGACUCAGAGGCCAAGGUGGAGAGCCUGAGAGGAGUGGAGUUACAGGGGUGCACCAGUACGGUUGGAUCCGAAGAUAACCAAGAAGAACAGAAGCAGGUGCACUUACCAGAAGGCAGCCUGACACCGUGGGAAGUGUGGUUUGUUGGCAAAGAAAAAGUAGAACGUGACCGUCUGCAACAGAAGGCUCUAGAGGAAUUAAAUCAACAGCUAGAAAAAAAGAAAGAAGUGGAAGAUCGUGAAAAGAGAAAGAUAAUUGCUGAAGAAAAGCACAAGGAAUGGGUUCAGAAAAAGAAUGAACAGAAAAGAAAAGAAAGGGAACAAAAAAUUAAUAAAGAAAUGAAAGAAAAAGCAGCAAAGGAACUGGAGAAAGAACAUUUACAAGAAAAAGCAAAGGAAAAAUACCAAGAAUGGUUAAAGAAAAAAAAUGCUGAAGAAUGUGAAAAGAAGAAGAAAGAAAAGGAAAAAGAAAAACAACGGCAGGCUGAAUUACAGGAGAAAAAGGAAAUAGCAGAAAAAAAGUUUAAGGAAUGGUUGGAAAAUGCAAAAAAUAAACCUCGUCCAGCUGCAAAGAGCUAUGGUUAUGCCAAUGGAAAACUCACAGGUUUUUACAGUGGGAAUUCUUAUCCAGAACCAGCCUUUUAUAACCCAAUUCCAUGGAAACCAAUUCCUAUGCCUCCUUCUAAAGAAGUGAAGGAUCUAUCAGGAAAGAAGACUAAAAGGCCUGUGAUAAGCCAGCCUCAUAGGGCAUCCUCUCUGGUAAUGCAUAAAGCUAGAAGCAAUCUUUGCCUUGGAACUCUAUGCAGAAUACAAAGAUAGUAGAUGUGGGAAAUUGCAUGCUUUUACCUGGAGCCACUUAAUUUUAACAUCAGAAAUUGUUGUUUUGUUGCUCUACUAUUAGUAGCUCAGCAUUUGAUGUAUUAUUGUUAAGUUCACAUUUUUGCAUUUGUAUAUGGAGUCCUUAGAGUUAAUUUAGGAAGAUAUUUUAUUCAUUUUUAUUUUUAUAAAUGCUUCAAGGUUGAUCUUGGAAUAUUGUUUUGCAAGAUAAGUGACAGAAUAUCUAACAAUUGUGUUUAUAUUUAGCUUAUAUUAAAACUACCCUCUAAGUACCAAUAAAACAAUUUUUCAUGUAUUCUUUCAUACACACAUUAUGUGUUUGUGUUUAUGAACAUAGUAAGAAUAAGUCAUUGAAACAAGCAUUUCUAAACUGUAUGCUCAAAACAAUUCUUAGAAGAAUCUAAAAUAAGUUAGAAUCCUGGAGCAAUCAAAAACAGCCUUUGUUGAUGACUUUUAGUAUGUUUUUCCCUCUAUAAAUAUUUGUAAAUCACUAACUGGAAUCAUGUUUGGUAAUGGAGAGUUGGGUUUUGAAAGGACAUUUACAAACAUUGUUUUGGGCUCUCAAUCUUAAUUGAUUGUAGUAAUCUUUGGACACUAAUAUAUUUUGCUAUACUUUGUACGUAUACUUACACAUUAUAAUUAGGUUGUUAAUUUUGAAAUUAGGAAUGUCUGCUUUAUUUUUUAAUGUAAAAUGUUAAGUCAUGUUUUACUAAAGUUGAAAUAAAAAAUCUUUAUUAAUAAAUACUUGUUAAGGAAA